CAGUGAAAGCGAAAAUUUAGCAAAGUUUAAUUUUGUUUUUUUUUUGUUUUCUGAUUAUAUUCCUCGGGCAGAUAAACCGGAGGAUGCAAAAGGCUCACAAGGCAAUUUGGGAACGCGACUAUAUCAAAUCAAUUUUACUGGCACGUGAGUCGUUCAAGAUGAAGAAAACUUUGCCCCCGAUACAGGAGGAUGAGACCGAGCCAAUGGAGGACGAGGAAUCUCCAGAGAAGAACGUCAGCCGCAAUCUGUCCAAGGCUUUCAUGAAGCUGGCGGUGACAGAGGACACCGGCGUGAAGCCGAUGUCGGUUGUGGAGCCGCCGCUGCAUGUCACGGGCAAGCCGCUGAACACGAUGACGAACACCCAGUGCCGGGUCGCCAUGAUGGAAUGGCCAUCGACCGGCUGUGGCAAUGGCAACGGCAAGCGCUUCUGCACCGAAAAUGGCGCUAUCGCUGGCUACGAUGCGCACAACAUGAGCUGGGACCCUGACAACGGCUCGCCCGCAUCGAGCUCCGAUGAUCAGCAAUUGGAUCUCGGGCAUCUGCCGCUGCGUCGUCGUCGCCAUCGCAGCUCCAAUAGCAUUUAGAAGCAGCCGUCCAUUAUAGCCAACGCGUGCUGUGGCCCCAAACUCCAUUCACAGCUGGAGGAAGAGCGGAAGAAGUGAAGCAACGAAGAGGCAGGCGAAUAAGAAGAGAAGAUGAAGACGAAGACGAGGAGAAGAGAAAAACAGGACAGGGGCAAAUUAAAUCCAGCCUUAUCCUGAUAUAUGCGCUCCUUAAGAAACUUAGCUCAACUCUAGAUGUGA